GGUAGGGGUAUUCAUUGCACCGUGUGUACGCAUGACCUUGAUAUAACUGUAUUCAUAACAAUAAUUUGCACGUGGAGGAGUUGAACAGCAUUAUGCUCAACUAUUGUUAACUCUUGAGCAUUAUAAUUAUUAUAGCUGCUUAUAAGCGAACUUGUUGCUAGUCACAUCAUAUUGGAAGAACAGCUAGUGCUACGAACCAAAAAACUACGCUUUUGGAUAUCUCAACUCUGACUACGUAGAUAAGCUAUGGCUAUGAGUCGUGCCCUACUUGUGAUGAUGCUAGUAGCUGGGGUCACCUGCAAAGAAUACAACCUCACUGGGCUGCAUGUCAAAGAUAACCAGUUUGUCAAUCAAGCUGGGCAGGAAGUCAUUCUGAGGGGCAUGGACCAUGCUGGGUCAGAGUAUGCUUGCGUGCAAGGAUGGGGACUAUUUGAUGGGCCCUAUAAUCAGACUCUAAUUGAUGGCUUCAAAGCUUGGAAAGCCAAUGCCGUACGACUGCCUCUUAACGAAGACUGUUGGUUGAGUAUCAACGGGAUAAAGCCAGAGUAUUCAGGAUCCAACUAUCAGGACGCCAUUCACAAAAUAGCCAAGUUGUUCACAGAUGCCGGCAUGGUAGUAAUCCUAGACCUCCAUUGGACAGCCCCCGGGGGCACAAAAGCUACAGGACAGCAGCCCAUGCCCAACAUGGACCACUCAGUCGAUUUCUGGAAGUCUGUUGCCGCCUCCUUCAAAGACUACGACAAAAUUAUCUUCGAGCUUUUCAAUGAACCGUACCCCGACGGUGGUCAGUGGGACUCGGAUAAUGGCUGGAAAUGCUGGAGAGAUGGGGGAUCAUGCAACGGCCUCAACUUCCAAGCAGCUGGUAUGCAAACUCUGGUGAAUGCAGUCCGAAGCACAGGUGCUAAGAAUGUGAUUCUCCUGGGAGGCCUUGCUUGGUCGAACUCGCUCAAUCAGUGGCUACAAUACAAGCCCACUGAUUCAAUGAAUAACACAGGUGCCAGUUGGCAUAGCUACAACUUCAACUACUGCAGCCAACAGUCAUGUUGGGACAGUUCAGUGGGCAAAGUGAAAGAUAAGUAUCCCAUAGUUACGACUGAGUUUGGUGAGAACGAUUGUGCUGGAGGGUAUGUCACCAGCCUCAUGCAAUGGAUGGACUCCAAACAGCUAAGCUAUCUCGCAUGGACCUUCAACAACUGGGACUGCAAGAGUGGCCCUGCCCUAAUCAAAGACUAUGUCAAUGGGGGAACCCCUACUAAUUAUGGACAAGCCGUUAAGAGCCAUUACGCUUCUGCUGUCUGAACUGUUUGAACCCCAAUAGACUUGUGUGUAUAUAAAUGUUUCUAUUUCUCAUGCAUGUCUAAAGAAACGUCUCCUUUUGAUAAUUGAGUGCAUAAUAUUUAUUAUGAA